ACACACAAGCCUGCCUCCCUCCCGGUUCCUGCCUCGCACACCCUUCACUUCGAGAGCACGCACGUACCACAGGCACAGGAACAGCAACCAUGGCCGCGCAGCCGGCCGAGCGGUCGUUCGACGUGAUCGUGGUGGGCGCGGGCAUCAUGGGCAGCUGCGCGGCGCACGCGGCGGCGUCCCGGGGCGCGCGCGUGCUCCUGCUCGAGCAGUUCGACCUGCUGCACCAGCGCGGGUCGUCGCACGGCGAGUCCCGCACCAUCCGCGCCACCUACCCGCAGCCGCGCUACCCGCCCAUGGUCCGCCUCUCGCGCCGCCUCUGGGACGACGCGCAGCGCGACUCCGGGUACGCCGUGCUCACGCCCACCCCGCACCUCGACCUGGGCCCGCGGGACGACCCGGCGUUCGUCGCCUCCGUCGCCAACGGCGGUGCCACCUUCCUCGCCUCGGCGGCGGACGCGCCACGCCCAUCGUGGGCGGAUGCGUUCAGGGUGCCCGACGGGUGGGCGGCGGCGAGCAGCGAGCUGGGCGGGGUGAUGAAGGCGACCAAGGCGGUGGCCAUGUUCCAGGCGCUGGCCGCCAAGAUGGGCGCCGUCGUGAGGGACAGGACGGAGGUCGUCGACGUCGCCAGGAAAGGAGAAGGAACGACGGCGACGAUCGUGGUGAAGACAGCUACCGGCGAGGAGUUCCACGGCGGCAAGUGCAUCAUCACCGUCGGCGCGUGGACGAGCAAGCUGGUCAAGUCGGUCACCGGCGCCGACCUGCCCGUGCAGCCGCUGCACACCCUCAUCUGCUACUGGAAGGUGAAGCCCGGGCACGAGCGCGAGCUCACGACAGAGGCCGGCUUCCCGACGUUCGCGAGCUACGGCGUCCCCUACAUCUAUAGCACGCCGUCGAUGGAGUACCCGGGGCUGAUCAAGAUCGCCAUGCACGGCGGGCCGCCGUGCGACCCGGACGGCCGGGACUGGGCCAUCGGCCCGGGGGAGGACGGGCUGGUGGAGCCCGUGGCGCGGUGGAUCGACGAGGUGAUGCCGGGCCGCGUGGAGACCGCGGGCGGGCCGGUGGUCCGGCAGGCGUGCAUGUACUCCAUGACGCCCGACGAGGACUUCGUGAUCGACUUCCUGGGCGGCGAGGAGUUCGGGAGGGACGUGGUGGUCGGCGCCGGGUUCUCCGGCCACGGGUUCAAGAUGGGCCCGGCGGUGGGGAGGAUCCUGGCGGAGAUGGCGCUGGACGGCGAGUCGGGGACGGCCGCGGAGGCCGGCGUGGAGCUCCGGCACUUCAGCAUCCGGCGGUUCGACGGCAACCCGACGGGGAACGCCAGGAGUUUCUGAGUCGAGCCAAGGAUGGAUGCUUGAGCCAAGUGUGGUUGUGUGUAAUUAUGGUCCUUAUGUCGACGUGUUAAUUGUCGUGAUUUGCCGAUUGGUACUCUAUAUGUUUGCCAAAUAAGCUGUGCACCGUGUGCACCUUUGGAACAGUGAAGUAGUAAUUAUUUUGUGAGCUUUGGGACA